AUAAUGCCUCUGAAAUGGAAUACUCAUUCCUAAAGGGACUAUCCUCACGAUUAUGAAAAUGAUCCCACUCAAGGGGGAAAACCAGCCCCACCCGUAGUACUUAUUUCUUUUAUCAAAUUGGUUGCUCAUUGUCGCAACUCCUUCGUACUUUUCUUUUUCUCCCUAGGGUUGCCUCAACGCAACACCUAGCUUGGAUUGUCCGGCGGUGAUCAAUUUGAUCACCGUGUCAGUGUUCAUUUCUUUCUGUUUUCCCCGGCUUGAAAGGAGCAGUGUUUCGAGCUCGUUUGCAGUCCUAUCACGGUUGUUGAAGAAUCAGAAGUUGCAAUUUGCUUAGGUAUGUUUUCAAGCCGGAGUAUGGUUUCGAUUCAGCAGCAAGGGAUGUCAAAAGAGGAUAUUGUCAUUCAAUACAAAAGCAUGACUAUUGAGGCAGAUGAGCGGCGGGCGCGUCCCCCUCCUGAGCCGCUGCCAUGGAGUGCAAGCAAGGCUAGGGUUUGGAAGAAGAUAUGUGAACUCUGUUUUAAUUACGUUUUAUGUUGUUUGUGUUUUUCUUUCGAAUUGCAUGUUGUUUUGGAUGUGUUCUUAUUUCCUAGCAGAGAGAUUCUAUAUUUUAAGUCAGGUGAUGAGAAAUCUGGUUUGCUAGUCAUUGGCUCAAUUAAGCCCAUUACAGGAUCAGCGAAUAUUAUUGAUUCUACAGAGGUAAUAUAUUCGAAGUCUGGUUCGAGGGUGGACGACAGACAUAAGGCUUUUUAUGGUUUUGUUUACUUCUUUUUCUUGGAUUGUAUUAUCAGCCAUGUG